AUGUCCAUGUUCAAAGGGAUGCUCAUAAAAUCCUCGGAGCGAAGCUCCAAGGGGAAGAACCCCAAUGUGGGUAAGGGGAGCUCUUCGCAAGAGGCACAAUUGAUGAGGGGAAGUAGCACUCUGAGUUCGAAGAAAGAGGACGCGUACCUGGACUUGGAGGACCUGGCGCCGAGCUACUGCAGUAGUGUGGCUGCUACUGAUAAAGGCGGGAACCAUGUCCAUGGGGACGAAGCGGUUACAUUACCCCUGCACGGGGAUAAGGAGGAAGAUGGGAGUUUCGAUCGUUCAAGUAGUUUAUACAAAAUUGCACAAAGUGGAAAUACCUCUUGGUGUGGUAGUUACGGACGAGACAGUAAUAACAACGAGUUAGUGAACGAGGCGAAACGUAGCAGUUUUAGCCACCCGAACUGGAGUUAUUCCCGAAAUGAAUACUCAAAUGAACCAUAUGAAGGGUAUCUGGAAUGCGGAGAAAGGGAAAGAACAAAGCGGAGCGACGGUGCCAUUUCCCCAGAUGAGGAAAAGCGUCACAUAGAAGAUCUCCCGGAGGAGAGAUUAAACCUGUUGCAUGACCUCCUAACUAUUCUUAGUGGUUUUUUCAUGCCGAACACAAAGCAAUGGAAUAAGAACAAGAUGAAAAAAAUUUUGGACCAACUGGCCCAAAAUAAAAUCCACGAAAAUGUACUCAUCAUUAUGUAUUACUUUACAUACGAGGCAUAUGCACACAGAGUCCUCCUAAACCUGAAGGAAGAAUACAACUGUGAUUUUCUCAUUCACAAAUUUUUGGGGAAGGUAGAUAAGAUAAGGAAAAAAAGAAAUAAAUGUAAAGAGGAGGAAAAAGUGCUCAUCAUAAAUGAAAAGCUAGACACAGCAGACGAAAUGCAAAAACAAAUAUCCACCUACAAUUUGGAGUUAGCAAGUAUAGAAAAUUACAUUACCGAUUUAUUUAGAAAAAAAAAACAAGUAAAUUGUUGUAACCUUCUCAUGAAGAAGUACGUAAAAAAUGUUCUGCGCUUGAUUAUUCGUAAUAUAUGCACAAAUAAAAAAGAAGAAAAAAAAAAAAAAAAAAAAUUUUUUGAAGAAAAAAGAAAUGAACUAUCCAUGUGGAAGAAGAAGAUCACACAAAAGGAGGAGGACAUAAAAGCUGAGGAGGAAAACAUAAAAGAGAAAACAAAAACUGUAGAGGAAUCCAAAGAAGAACUAAACAAAGCUGUGCAAGUUCUAUCCUCCACGUAUGAAAAUCAAUUACAAAAAAUUGACGAAGAAAUUGACUCCCUUGAUCAAAACAUAAAAGAACUUGAAGAAAUUAUUAUCAUUAAAAAAUCGCAAAAGGAAGACGCCAUAAGGAGCAAGAGAAAAUUGGAGAAAGAGAGAGAAAUGGAGAUGAAGACCCUUCUGCAAAAGCAGUCAGAUUUAAAUACCUCCAUGAAUUUUAUAAAAAACACCACCUCCCUCAUGGAGGAGAAAAAAAAAUUUGUCGCGGAUGAAAAGGAAAAAACAAAAAAAGUUAUAGCUCAUUUGAAAGAAGUCUACCAAAGCUCUUGUCAAAAGAAGGCUAAAACGAACCGCUUACUUUCCGAUUUAAAAAAUGUCGUUCGAAAAUUGUACAACUCGGAUGAGGAGUGCACCCAAGUGUGUGAAGGUAAUUCAAGGGGGAAAUCCUCCGUAGAAAUUUCUUACGAAAAAACGGACGAAAAGGGCACUUCCCUUGCGCCCGACGAAAAUACACACACCACUAAUGCUACAGAGACGAAAGCACAGGAACAGGUCCGCCAGCAUAUGGAUGCCUCCAAUUUGCUGAAAAAAAUAUACCUGUUAAAAAAAUAUAUUUUUGAGGUAGAAAAAAAUAUGAACAACAUUAAGGGAAAAAAAAAAAAACUCACCAUCGACAUCAGCCAAUUUAACUGCGAAAUGGACAACAUAAAUAUUAAGAAGGAAAAUCUGAAGAACAAAAAAAAAAUACUUCUGAAAAAUAAAAUGUUGAAUGAAAUUAAAAACACAAUUAACGAGUUGGAGAAAUUGGAUCAGACGGAAGACGUCAUUUUGAAACAGCUGGAGGAGGCGAAGGCGGACUUGAGCCUCUUAAGGAAGGACCACCUUCGGAUGAAGGAACAGAAAGAAAAAUUAAAGCGGAGAUUAUUUUUCCAAGAAAGGAAGUUGGUCAAGCAGGAAAUACGCCAUGUUCGGGGAUGCCUUAAUCGUGACGAGGAGACAGAAGAUAUGGUAACUCCCCCAGCUGAGGUCAUGGCAAGUGUGCCGGUAGGCAUGGUCGACUGUGAGGUGGGGAAUGUGCCUAAUGGUCAGAUGGGCGACACGGUUAAUGGUCAGAUGGGUGACACGGUUAAUGUUCAGAUGGGUGACAUGGCUAAUGUUCAGAUGGGCGACACGGUUAAUGGUCAGAUGGGCGACACGGUUAAUGGUGAAACGGGCGAUGUGUCUAACGGUGAGAUGGGCCAACCCGACCAGGAGGAAGCGUUCCCAUUUUCUGACGAAUCGGAGCAGUCAGAGGGGGGCGAAUCAUGUGCGGCCUUCAGCCAGAUGCUGAAUGAGUUGGAGAGGAUAAGCACGCACGGCGAAGAUGAGGAAGAGGAGGACCAGAAUAUAUGGAGCGACCAAGGGGGGAGGAGUGCCCAAGAGGAUGAAGACACCUCGCAGAGUGAUGAGGAAAAGGGGGACCAAGGAGAAGACGGCGAAAAUGGCCGAACGGAUGGAGGGGAGACUCCCCUCCCUAGUGAUGAAGAGAAAAGUGGUCCAUCGGAGGAUAACUCCGACAGUGGUGACUAUGGUGACGGGGUGGAAAUCGUUGCAAAUGUUGUGCCCAAUGAAAAGGAAGAAAAGAAAAUAAAUUCCUUCCCACGCAUUAGUACAAAGAAUAGACAUCCUCUGAACCGACUGGAAAAGUUAAAAAUGGAGGAGAGUCGCAUCUUCGAAAGGAUGAUAGACAAGUACAAAAGCAUGUGUAAUUUAAAUGAAAGUGUAGAUCACCGUUUGUUGGAAAAAGAACUUCGACAAAUUUAUAGAGACAUAACGAGGGAGGGAAUCAUUUUUAGAAACAAAAAAUUACUCACCUUGAGGAACAGGAGAAAUGUCCUAAAGAGGUACUACCACUAUGUGUCGGACAAUAGUGAGGAAGAGGAUCUGAAUGGAUAA